CACGGUGAUAAUGACGCCUUGCAGUUUUUGUCAGAUUAGCGUGUUCAAUCUAGGCUAGUUCACCAGUUCUUUUUCUUUGUUUUUUUUUGUCAAACCAGGGAGUUUUCUAACGUUUUAUCAUGGCGUCUGCGUUAGAUGCUCUCUGGGAAGACAGAGACGUCAGAUUCGACAUCACAGCACAGCAGAUGAAAACUCGUCCAGGGGAAGCGCUGAUAGAUUGUCUGGACUCAAUUGAAGACACGAAAGGAAACAAUGGAGAUCGAGGACGACUCUUGGUAACAAACCUGAGAAUCAUCUGGCACUCUUUGGCUCUGCCAAGAGUAAACUUGUCUGUCGGCUACAACUCCAUUAUUAACAUCACAACGAGGACAGCUAACUCAAAACUUAGAGGCCAAACUGAAGCCCUCUACAUCCUAACAAAGUCCAAUAACACGAGAUUUGAGUUCAUUUUCACAAAUCUGGUCCCAGGAAGUCCAAGACUCUUCACCUCUGUGAUUGCUGUUCACAGAGCUUAUGAGACUUCAAAGAUGUACCGGGACCUGAAACUGCGAGCUGCUCUCAUUCAAAAUAAGCAGCUGAGACUUUUGCCUCGAGAGCAGGUGUAUGAUAAAAUCAAUGGUGUUUGGAAUCUAUCCAGUGAUCAGGGGAACCUCGGAACAUUCUUUAUUACCAAUGUUCGCAUUGUAUGGCACGCUAACAUGAACGAGAGCUUCAAUGUCAGCAUUCCAUACCUCCAGAUUUGGUCGAUCAGAAUAAGAGACUCAAAGUUUGGCCUUGCUCUGGUGAUAGAGAGCUCACGACAGAGCGGAGGGUACGUUCUUGGGUUUAAGAUCGACCCCGUGGAAAAGCUUCAAGAUGCGCUCAAAGAGAUCAACUCUCUGCAUAAAGUGUACUCCGCCAACCCAAUUUUCGGAGUGGACUACGAAAUGGAGGAAAAACCCCAGCCGCUGGAAGAGCUCACGGUCGACCAGCCUCUUGAUGACGUGGAAAUUGAGCCCGAUGAGCAGACUGAUGCUUUCACCGCCUAUUUUGCUGAUGGCAAUAAGCAACAGGACCGUGAGCCAGUUUUCUCUGAAGACCUGGGUCUCGCUAUCGAAAAGCUGAAGGAUGGCUUUACUCUUCAAGGGCUGUGGGAGCUAGGACAAUCGGUUUCAAACUGCCCGUCUUCCACCCACUGUCUUGAGAGAAUGGAUCCCCAAGGCCUGAGGGAAGAUCUGCGCCUGUUUCAGAGCACUUUACUGCAGGAUGGACUCAAAGAGCUUCUGAAUGAAAAUAAGUUAAUUGACUGCAUCCUAAAGGUUGGAGACAGAAGCAUCCCCUGCCACCGGCUCAUUCUGGCAGCAUGUAGUCCAUAUUUCCGGGAGGUCUUCUUCUCUGAGGAUGGUAAGGAGGUAGAUAGGAAGGAGAUUGACCUGGAGAACCUUGACCCUAACAUUAUGGAGGCGGUUGUAAGUUACAUGUACUCAGCGGAGAUUGACAUCAAUGAUAACAACGUGCAAGAAAUUUUGGCCGUUUCCAAUCGCUUCCAGAUCCCCUCGGUGUUCACCGUGUGUGUGAAUUAUCUCCAGAAGCAGCUGAACAAGAAGAGCUGCCUCGGUAUCUACAGACUGGGACUGAUGCUGAACUGUGCCCGGCUGGCCAUGGCAGCUAGGGACUACAUUGCUGACCGCUUUGAGAUCAUUGCCAAGGAUGAGGAGUUCUUGGACCUCGCUCCACCUGAACUCUUUGCCAUUGUUGGAGCUGAUGCGCUGAAUGUGGAAAAAGAAGAAACGGUGUACGAGACUCUCAUGAAGUGGAUAAGAAAGGACAAGGACAAGCGCGCGAAAUGCUUGGAGGAGGCCUUCGAAUACAUCCGUUUCCGCCUGCUCCCAGAGAAGUACUUCAAGGAAAAGGUGGAGAAAGAUGAGCUGAUUAAGGCCGAUCCCGAGAUUCUCAAAAAGAUCAAGGUAAUCAAAGACGCGUUUGCCGGAAAGCUGCCGGAGACGACAAAGGGAAAAGAUGACCCGGAGGGAGAAGAGGGCAAGCUGCCUGGCUACCUGAACGAUAACCGCAGAUAUGGCAUGUUUGCCAGAGACAUGAUCCUCAUGAUUAACGACACUGCCGCUGUGGCCUAUGACGGCCAAGACAACGAGUGUUUUCUCGCCGCAAUGGCAGAGCAAAUCCCCCGAAACCACGUCAGCCUGGGAUCCAAGAAGAACAACCUGUACGUACUGGGAGGGCUGUUUGUGGAUGAGGAGGACAAAGAAACCCCCCUGCAGUGCUACUUCUACCAGUUGGACAGUCUCUCUGCUGAAUGGAUAGCUCUGCCGCCCAUGCCUUCCCCGAGGUGUCUCUUUGCUAUGGGGGAAUUUGAAAAUCUCAUCUUUGCCGUAGCAGGAAAAGAUUUACAGAGCAACGAGUCCCAUGACACGGUCCUGUGCUACGACACAGAAAAAAUGAAGUGGACGGAAACAAAAAAGCUGCCUGUGAAGAUCCAUGGCCACUGUGUGGUCUCUGACAAUGGGCUGGUGUAUUGUAUUGGAGGAAAGACAGAUGACAAUAAAGCAACCAAUAAGAUGUAUGCAUACAACCACAAGAAGGCAGAGUGGAAGGAAGUGGCCUCCAUGAAAACACCCAGGUCCAUGUUUGGAGCCGUCAUCUACAAAGGGAAGAUUAUCGUUGCUGGGGGAGUCAAUGAAAAUGGUUUAACAGCGUCAUGUGAGGCCUAUGACUUUGGAACUAACAAGUGGUCACCUUUUACAGAUUUCCCCCAGGAGAGGAGUUCAGUCAACCUGGUCAGCUGUGGGGGUCUGCUGUUUGCUGUAGGGGGCUUUGCCAUGGUGGAGAAUGACAAGAAGGAGUGUGUGCCCAGUGAAAUCAUUGACAUUUGGCAGUAUGAGGAGGACACCAAACAGUGGAGCGGCAUGAUCAGAGAGAUGCGUUAUGCAGCCGGAGCCUCCUGCGUCUCUUUGCGUCUCAAUGCAGCUAAAAUGCCAAAACUGUAACACUGGACUUUCACACAGGACACUGCCGCUGGACUGCUAACUGUGUGUGCACCGUCUUACUUAGAAAUUAAUUAUGGUCAGCCAUCGUAUACGUGUCAGCGCUUUCCCUGUUAGGUUUGAAAUGUAUUAAAGUACAUUAUGGUUUAUGUACCGAUUUC